GUUUUGUGGGAUCAUGUGUCUAGACUCCUGUUGAUUGGUCGUCCACGAAGCCAUGUUUGAAACGUGGAUUUCCCUCGCCGGCUGGUGGUUUGUCGCCUUGAUGGCAGUGGAUUUGUUUACGAUUAUAAACGAGUUAAUAAAUGAUGCCAGUGCAUACACGCGAUAGAAAGGAGAAUAGUCACGAAGAAAUGGACGUGGACUAUCCAGAGCAGGAGGCGAGCAGUUCAGAUGAAGAGGACUCUGUGAGCUCGUCCGCCACUGAGGAUGGAGACACUUCAGACAUGGAUGAUGAAGACUGCGAAAGAAGGCGGAUGGAGUGUUUGGAUGAGAUGACAAAUCUCGAGAAGCAGUUCACAGAUCUUAAGGAUCAGUUGUAUAAAGAGAGACUCUGCCAAAUGGAUCUUAAAUUGCAAGAAGUCAUCGCUGGCAGUGCUGCAGAAUACCUCGAACCCUUGGCCACCUUACAGGAGAACAUGCAGAUCCGAACCAAAGUCGCAGGUAUCUAUCGUAAGCUCUGUUUAGAAUCUGUCGGAAACAAGUAUGACUGUGAGAUGCAAGCAGCAGGCCAGCACUGGGAGAGUGAGAAACUCUUACUUUUCGACACCGUUCAAAGUGAACUGGAAGAGAAGAUCAGGCGAUUGGAGGAGGACAGACACGGUAUAGAUAUAACUUCAGAACUGUGGAAUGAUGGUCUACAGACUAGGAAGAAUAAAAAGAAGGAUCCUCUCAGUCCUGGAAAAAAGAAAAAACCUGUCGUUGUGUCAGGACCAUACAUUGUUUACAUGUUACAAGACCUGGAUAUACUUGAAGACUGGACUUCCAUAAGAAAGGCUAUGGCUUCAAUGGCUCCCCACAGAGUAAAAGCUGAUGGUCAGCAGAAUUUUGACCACUAUUAUUAUAUUUUUAGCAUCACACAAGUUCCUAUGAAAUCUGAGAAACACCAUCAUAUUGCUCGUUCAGAGGAUGGACGUCUAUUCUAUGACAACAAAUGGUACAGCAGAGGUCAGGCAAUAUCCAUAAUAAGAAAGGACGAAUACCCCACCAGUGCCAUGAUAACAACUGUUAACCACGAUGAGGUUUGGUUCAAACGUCUUGAUGGCAGCAAAUCAAAGCUUUACAUCUCUCAGCUCCAGAAAGGCAAAUACACUAUAAAGCAUUCAUAAACUCUCUCCUCCACUGCCCUUGACCCCUCCAGUGUCAACUGAACCUCUACUGGUUCCACUUUUUUCUCUGUCACCAUGACUACACGUUCAUGCUUCAGGGACUCAGAAGGCCUCACAGUACAUGCAUGUACCACAUGUUUGCACUCCCUUAGUCAGAGCUGCUAAACAAACACCUGGUUGCCAAGGAAGCAGUGAAAGUGUGUAUGUAUGUGUGUGUGUUUGUGUGCCUUAAUUUCAAUGAUGAGGCUGUAAAGCCUUAUUGAAAAUUCAGCGGAUAAGCAGCCCGACUUACAAUGCCCUCUUGGUAUUGACAGUAAUGGAAUCAUCGCUGUUGCCAUGCCAUUUUAUGAAAUACAGAUUGAGUAUUUUUAUUUGCUGAUUUAUGGUGCAGCAUGCCAUUCUGUUCUGAAACUAGUUAAUGCCAUAUGUCCUGUUCUGUGUCUGUGAGAUGCUUUAAAGAGCAAGAUUGUUCGUGAAGCUUUGUUGGACUAACAUGUUAUUUUUCUACUUGUCAUCAUUAUUAUAGACAAUUCACUCAAAGACUGUAUAUAAAUAAAUCUGUAUAGCAGUAUUUAGAAAAAUGUCAUAGUUCAGUAUUAAUGUAAUAGGGCUUAUUCAAGUCAUAUUCCUUUUUAGCAAAGAUUGUCACAUUAAGUGGUCUUUGACUUUGUAUGUAUUGUUUCAGGCAAAGCCAAAACACCUUAUAUAAAGAAGUCUUGAUGAUACCCUUUCAAUUAUAACAAAAGGGGUUUGUUGCAACUGGGCACAGAUACAGUAUGUAGCAUCUUUAUAACUGAGCCUUUGAUCAAAUGCAUGUGAUGUGUAUUGUGCAUUAAGAGACUUAGUUUGUUUCUGUUAAAUAUUGGAUUUUUUUUUAGAGUGCCCAGACAAACUUCAACUAAAGGCUUGCAAAUAUAAAAAGAAUUAUGUUUUUUUGUAAGUUUCAUGUUUUCCAUUAACUUGACAGUGUUGUAGCACUUCGGUGGGUUCUAUUUGGGAUACGAGUUGCAAUAUUUGAAAUUGAAUGAGUGCAGAAAGCGAAGACUAUAGAAUUUAGCUACAUCAUCUUUAUCCUUGGAUUUUACUAAUAUAAAAAUGCUUCAAAUUAUGCAAUACACUUCACAAAGCCUGCCGAAAGAACAUUGUCUUCCAGAAUUCAUAGAGCCCAAAUGUAGUCACACAAUCAUGACUCAAUUUAAUGUUUUAAUAUUAAUCUGCUCGUAUUAACAAAGUCAAUCAUAUCUGGGAAUUAUUUGGCGUUAUAAAGUCAAUUAAGUGACUUGUAAAAUGACAUUUUUAUAGCAGAUAAAUAAUUUUUUUGUAAGGUUUAAGAGGCUCUUAUAGGACUGUGAAUUAACUAAAUUGAAUUGCCAUGUUGUACUGUACUCUGGAGUUUUUGAUGAAAUAGUUACAGUGGAAGUGUUCUGAUAUAAAGCUGAUUUUGCAUGGUAUUGUGAAUUUUAAUUUGCAUAUGCUCUAACCCAUAAGUCUAACCCAUAUGCUGAAAGUGUGAAUGGGUUGUUUUGAUGUCAUUAGACAUCUUGCAGUAAGAGUUUGUUAAAACAUUUAAUUGUGUUCUGCGUAACACAAAAGGAGAUAAUUAAAGGAAUAGUUCACACAAAAAUUUUAAUUCUCAAAUUUUUUUCGAAAUGCUGAACACAAAUGGAGAAUU